UUAGCUCACUUCUCCUCAGUGGGAGCCGUCACUCUCGCCUCACGCAGCUGUGGAACUGAGAUAAAACCAAGCGGCCGCUUCGGGAGGCUCUCGGUUACCGGCUUGUGGAGCCAGAAGCCGACGCUGUGCUGGAUGGCAGCUGGAGGUUUCCUGCAGGCAGAGGGGAGAUCAACAGGUGGAGGGAAGGAGGACGGGAUUCUGCAGUUGGUGGAUUUUUCUUCCGUGUUUCUGCUUUGACUGUUUCUCACACUUUAGCUGAAGCGCAGCUCCAGACUAUGAAUGUUCUGUCCAACCCGGUGAUCAGGGCCCAGGAGCCCCUCUGUGGCCCCGGCUCCGUGCAGGACUUACCCCACUGCCCUCCAGGCUUCAGCCUCAGCUCCCGCCUCAAUCCUGCCCCGAUGCUCGGCCUCCAGACCGGCCAGAGGUCCACCAAACCGCAGAGGGAGCUGAGCCCUGAGGAGCAGCAGGAGCUGAGGAGGAAGAUCAACAGCAGGGAGAGGAAGAGGAUGCAGGACUUGAACAUCGCCAUGGAUGCUCUGAGGGAGGUGAUGGUGCCGUAUGCCUCCUCGCCUUCCUCUGCCUCCUCCCAGUCCCACCAGCCUGGAGCUCCUCCAGGCCGGAGGCUCUCCAAGAUCUCCACCCUGGUCCUGGCCAGGAACUACAUCCUGCUGCUGGGCUCCUCCCUGCAGGAGAUGAGGCGUCUGCUGGGGGAGGUGAGCGUCGGGAUGGGGGUGAACACGGGGCCCGUCCCCCGGCUGCUGCUGGCUGGAGGGUGGCCCCUCAUCUCGGGCCCCGGUCAGCUCCUCCUCACCCAGGAGUCCCUCCUCUCCUCAGCCUCCUCCUCCUCCUCCUCCUCCUCCUCCUCCUCUUCAUCGUCCUCUGCAGCAGCUAAGUGUCCCCUGCUGUCUCCGGGCCCCAUGGAGGCCUCACUGGCCCCGGUGCAGUGGAGCUCAGCAGGGGCCUCCGGAGGGCCCCUGUGCCCCUGUGGGGUCUGCAGACUGCCCAGGUUCAACCACCCGGCUCCAGCUCCACGGUUCCCAAAGUGACUCCUGGAGAUGGAGAAGAUGUGGAAGACUAGAUGACUGUUCAUGUAUGCAGCCUUUAACAUGUUAAUAAUAGAAUAUUUUACUACUCACACUUAGGCUUCGUUCUUUUUUAAAUCUAAUAAUAUCUCUUUGGUUAUGAGCAUUUUAUUAUGUUUCUUAUGUUACAGAAAUCCAGUUAACUCAUUAGAUAAUUCUAAUUUCAGUGUGAAUGUUCCACAGACUGCAGAGUUCUGCUGUAGCUGGAUGAAUGAAGGUCAGAUCCCUGGAUAAAGGGCUCUUACAAAUAAAGUUUUGCUAGUUAAAGGCA